AUGGGGCGUCACAGGUAUCGAGGAAAUGUGGACUCGGACGACUCGGACUCAAGUGACGAUGAGCCACGGCCCAAAAGGUCCACGCCUGGGGUCUCCACUACAGUAAAUUCACCCCCAGUUUCGGCCGAAUCCGCUAGAAUCGCGAGACUUGAGCAACUCGUGGAAAACUUGAAUCGACGUUUGCUAAACCGCAAUUUUGAGCACACAUCAGGACAAGUUGGCAUUAAAAGUGACUUGAUUCCUGAAUUCGCUCCAGGAAACCCCAAUUUUAGUACCACUAAGUGGUUGCAUAAAAUUGACCAGUUGGCUCUCGUGAACGGUUGGGACGAACGUACAACGAUUUACGGCAUGAUAAGUCGACUCAAGGGGUUGGCCAAGGAGUGGUACGACAAUCUCGAUCCCUCAGCAUACGACCGGAGCUGGGAUGAAUGGAAACGUUUGUUACAAGCCACCUUCCCCGAUCACCACGAUUAUGCUUCCACACUUCGUAAGCUAGUGAAUAGGGUGAAGGAAGAUGGUGAAACCUGGGCACAAUAUUAUUUUGGGAAAUUAAAUCUGUUGCAGGCUUGUGACAUAACAGGAACGAAUGCAGUCUCCUGUCUUAUUGAUGGAAUGACUGACGUGACUCUCAGAAAUGGGGCUAGAGCAGGGCGUUACGUUACACCCGAAAGCUUGUACGCUGAGUAUUUGUCGACUCUGAGAUCCGAAGGUGACAAGCGGGAUACGCUCGCAAAGCAGGCGCCUCGGGAAAGGAGGAGGUUCCUUCCAAGUCGAGUCGAAGCACAAAAACUGUAUUCGUCAGUUCGGUGUUACAAUUGUCGUAAUCGAGGACAUGUUGCGACAAAGUGCCCGAAACCAAGAAUUGAGUGCAAGAAAUGUGGUCGCAUUGGACAUGUGGAUGCUGAGUGCCGACGUGGUAACUUAGUAAAAGAAAACAUGUCUAAGCAGGCACUAACGACAAGUGUAGCUGACGCAAGUAAUAAUAAGAAUUAUUACAUAGACAUUAAGGUCAAUGGUAAGCCGACGCGAGCUUACAUUGACUCAGGAGCUGAACCGGUCCUUGUCAAGCAAAGUGUUGCUAGAGAAUUGGGACUGAUGUGGCAGCCAAGUUUACAUUUGAUUCGUGGUUAUGGCCAGGGAAUCACCAAAGUGCAUGGGGAAGUCGAAGUAGAGCUAGAAGUGGAUCUUGUCAAGGCAAACGUAAAAGCUUUGAUCGUCGAAGACAGUGCACAACGUGUGCCUGUCAUAGUGGGACAGACCUUCCUUAAUGCGGGUGCUAAUACGAUUAUAGCAAAUGAGGAAGCUGUGAGAGUAGUUGACGGAAACAACGAAUCGAUCCAAGCAUUUCUAGGCCAACUUCCGACACGAAAAGUUGCACUUUGGGCGGAAGAGGAAACAGUGAUCCCUCCUCAAUCCAUUGGUUGCAUACGAAUCAAGGCAAAAGACGAUGGGUGGAAAGGAGCUUAUUACGUUGAAGGGUGUCAACGUCCGAGACCAGGGUUCGAACACGUUGUUCAUCGGUGUGUCACAUGUGAUGGAGGCCUAGUGACCGUUCGCAAUCUAUCGCACCAAGAUCUGGUAUAUCGAAAGGCGCAAAUCGUUGCGAGAGCUGAGCCUUGCGAGCAGGAAAGGACAGCUACGACGGUGAGUGUGUUUUCUGUGGGGAAGGUUGAGGUAAAGAGUUUUCAACGGUGGGAACUUCUUACACAAGUCAAUAAGAAUCUAGACCCGGCUCAGUUCGAGCAAUUGUUACAACUCGUUAACGAAUUUCGAGAUUGUUUUGCACGAAAUGUAGCGGAAAUAGUUUAUCGUCCUUAUCGGUUAUCGCAUCACGAAAGAAGAAUUGUUCGAGAUAUAGUAAAUGACUUGUUAGGUAGCGGAGUCAUACGAGAAUCAGACUCGCCAUAUUCGAGUCCCAUACUGUUGGUGCGGAAGAAAGAUGGGCAACACCGUAUGUGUGUUGACUAUCGGCAAUUAAAUUCGAAAACAAUCAAAGAUCGCUUUCCGUUACCACGAGUAGACGAACAUUUGGAUAAACUAAACGGUGCAAAGUUUUUCACCACACUAGAUCUCGCGAGUGGGUACUAUCAGAUCCCAAUGGCCACCGAAUCGAUUCCAAAGACAGCAUUUGUUACGCCUGAUGGGCAUUACGAGUUUGUCCGCAUGCCUUUUGGUCUAGCCAACGCUCCGGCAGUGUUUCAGCGAGCUAUGAAUAAGGUGUUGGGUCCAUUACGGUUUCAGACCGCUUUUUGUUACAUAGAUGAUCUUCUGAUACCUUCCAAAGACUUUGAAACAGGUCUUAACAAUUUACGAACGGUGUUUCAAUUGCUUCGACAGUUCGGAUUGACUCUAAAGCUGAGUAAAUGUUGCUUCUUUGGAAGUCAAAUAGAGUAUUUAGGGCAUGAGAUCAGUGCGGAAGGCAUUAAGCCAGGCGAGACAAAAAUCAAAGCGGUGACAGCUUUUCCCAAACCAACAGACGUACACAAACUUAGGCAAUUCUUAGGUUUGUGUGGGUACUUUCGAAAAAAGGCAGUGCAUUUGUUUGGGAAGAAGCACAAGAGCGGGCUUUUCAGACUUUAAAAGACAUCUUGACGAGCAGACCAGUUCUUGCAAUUUACGACGCGGAAGCUGAAACGGAGUUACACACUGACGCUUCUAAAGUUGGAAUUGGUGGCAUUCUGUUGCAACGACAAGGUAAUGGAUCUUUGCGUCCAGUUAUGUUUUUCAGCCGACAGACGACCAAAGAGGAACAAAGGUACCACUCGUACGAGCUAGAAACGCUAGCGGUGGUCUGUUCUCUCAAACAUUAUCGAGUAUACUUGUUGGGGCUUCAAUUCAAGGUGAUCACAGACUGUAAUGCUUUACGAACAACCCUUACCAAGAGAGAUUUGAUUCCACGAAUUGGGAGAUGGUGGUUGUUGACUUCUGAGUUCGACUUUACUGUAGAAUACAGACCUGGCAGUAAAAUGAGUCACGUUGACGCUUUGAGUAGAAAUCCGGUAUUAGAUCCUUCGGAGCCUUCAGUGGAAGUCUUGCAUAUUAAUGUUAACGAUGAUGAUUGGAUUUUAGCUGUUCAAAUGAAGGAUGCGAGAUGCGCAUUGUUGAAGGAAAUAUUGGAAAAAUCACCGACGAACGCUGAAGAGCGUGCCAUUCACAAAGAGUAUAAACUAAAAGAUGGUCGAGUAUUCAAACAGACUGAGUCAGGAUUAAAAUGGGUCGUACCAAAAGCGGUAAGACGCCAGAUUUUAUUAGCACACCACGAUGGAAUUGGCCAUUUAUCGAAUGAGAAAACUUUGGCAUCUGUGUCGAAAUCUUAUUGGUUUCCUUCAAUGCGGAGGUAUGUUCAUAAAUAUAUUUCUAGCUGCUUGGAGUGUCUCUACAAUAAGGAAGCCGGAGGAAAGCAGCCAGGAUUUUUGAAUCCCAUACCUAAGAAUUCGCAACCAUUUGACACAUUGCACAUGGAUCAUUUGGGACCAUUUGUAAAGAGCAAAUCACAUAAUUCUUAUCUUUUAGCUAUUAUCGAUGCAUUUACUAAAUUUGUCUUUCUCAGGGCCGUGCCUAAUACUAAGGUGGGCCCUGUUUUAUCAUUUUUAGCUUCUCUUACAGGAAUGUUUGGUGUACCUAAACGUAUAAUAGCCGAUCGUGGGGCUUGUUUUUCUAGCAAAAAGUUUAAGACACAUUGUACCGAUUUAAACGUUAAAUUAGUACUAACCGCGACUGCCACACCACGGGCUAAUGGCCAGGUGGAGCGAUUAAAUCGUACGAUUUUAUCUCAGCUUGCUGCUAGCUCGAGAGAAGAAGAGAAAUGGGAUGACUUUGUGAGUAGAAUUAGUUGGGGUAUUAAUUCUACGCCGAAUUCGACUACGGGCAAAAGUCCAUACGAAUUGUUGUUGGGGUAUACACCUCGACAUGCUAAUGACUCAAUCCUCACCAACGUGGUGACAGAGGGUGUUCAUGAUGGCGAUUUGCCACGGACACGAGCAGACGUUGCUCAGCGUGUCGAAAAGGAACAGCAGAAGCAAAAGGAGCGUUAUGACAAGCGACGCUGUGCCCCAAAGAGAUUUAAUGCAGGUGAUCUCGUGUUGGUACGCACCACGCGAGUUUCAAACGAGGGCAAAAGUCGGAAGCUGUUACCUAAAUAUUCGGGACCGUACCGAAUUCAGCAAGUGCUCGACUACGAUAGGUAUGUCGUGACGGACAUGCCGGGGGCGACGCGUUCCCAAAAACGAUAUGAGGGUGUCCAUUCAGUGGACAAAUUGAGACAUUACGUUGUCGCCACGACGAGUGGAGACGAAACAAUGGACGAUGUCAGUGACGAAUGACUGAGUUCGCUGUGAAGCUGAGUGAAGUUCAACGUGAACUCACGAUUUUGGGCCCAAAUGUUGUUUUUAAGCGCUUUACGUUGAAACUCAUGAGUUAAUGAUUUGUUGUUGUUGUUAUUGUUCUUGUUCUUGUUAUUGUUCUUCUACUUAUUCUUGAGGUUACUGAUCUUGUUGGUGUUGGUGUUCUUAUUGUUGUUGUUGUUGGUGUUCUUAUUGUUGUUCUUAAUUAAUUCUCAACGUGAGAAACACGAUUAUGAUUAUUUUCAGAUUCAUUCUCAACGUGAGAAACACGAUUAUGAUUAUUUUCAGAUUCAUUCUCAACGUGAGAAACACGAUUAUGAUUAUUUUCAGGUUGUUUAUAAAUAGUUCUUAAGUGGGACUCGGGCUGUAGAUGAUACUACGGCUCGGAUACAUGGUACUGGUUAAUUACUUGUUUUAGAAACACCGGUGGUUCCCCGAGGACGUGGAACACGGAAGCGUGGCCGACUGUUAAGUGAAGGGGGCGCUGCUGGUGAAAUUGGCGGGAAAUGAUGACGCGUGAGGCGCGUACGGGCAACGCCUAGUUAGUUGGAAGGACACUGUGGCAGUGUCAAUGUCGUUGUUGAAUCUAAUUUGCUAAUAAAUUAGUUUUUGGGUGAA